GUGCGCAUCACUCGCGUCGCGUCUCUGAUGACGUCAUGUGACGCAGCGUCGGUUUGCCACGUCGGUCUGUGAGUGCAGCGCGAGGAACUUCAGCAACUUUGUGUUUUGUUGGUGAAACCCGUGAAUAACGAGCAGAGACGAGUCUCUCCAGACACCGAGACACACAGAUGAGCUUGAUACAGGGUUUGUCUGACUGAUGUCUGCGCUCAUGACUGAUCUGCGUGUCGGAGACGUGAGGCCGUGCUCGCAGGGAUCCGCAGACGGAGAUGCCCGGGGGCCGCAGGGGUCCCAGUAGACAGCAGCUGAGCCGCUCCGCACUGCCCUCGCUGCAGACGCUGGUGGGCGGCGGCCUCAGUAAUGGGGCGGGGCUCCGGUGCAGGAACAGCGGGGUGGUGGGUCUGUCUCCCCCCCUCACGGCCCUCAUCACUCCUGAACCUGUCCGUCAUUCCCGUAUUCCCGAUCUUCCUCUGGACAGUAACCUGCUGUUCGAGGCACUGCUGUUCCUCUACCUGCUGGUGGCGCUCUUCGUUCAGUACAUCAACAUCUACAGGACGGUGUGGUGGUCUUCAUACAGCCACCCCUCAGCCUCCACAUCACUGAGCUUCCACCUGAUGGACUGUCACCUGGCCGUCUUCAUCAGCGUGAUGCUGGCCCGCAGACUGGUGUGGACCGUCAUCUCAGAAGCCUCUCUGGCGACUCCGUCGUCUCUUCUGCAGUACGUGUCUCUGAUCGUGGUGCGGUUGAUCUUGCUGACGCUGUGUGGAUGGGUUCUGUGCUGGACCCUGGUCAAUCUCUUCAGGAAUCACUCCGUGCUCAACCUGCUCUUCCUGGGAUAUCCGUUCGGUGUUUACGUGCCGCUCUGCUGCAUCCAUCAGGAGGGUCGAGCUCCAUCCGACUGUGGUUUCUCGGAGCAGGACGGAUCUGACGUUCCUCUGUCACGGCCCAAAGACUUCCUGACCCUGCUGCGAGAGAACCUGCGUGAUCAGCUCUCCAGCCCUAAACACAUCCCCACACACACCUGCCCACACUCACCUGAGCUCAUCCGCAGCGAGGUCGAGGAGCUCAAGACCGACUUCAACCGCCGCAUCAAAGAAGUGCUCUUCAACUCGCUCUUCAGCGCUUAUUACGUGGCCUUCCUGCCUCUGUGCUUCGUCAAGAGCACACAGUACUACGACAUGCGCUGGUCCUGCGAGCAUCUGAUCAUGGUGUGGAUCAAUGCGUUUGUGAUGCUGAUGAGCCAGCUGCUUCCUCCUGGUUACUGUGAUCUUCUGCAUCGCUCUGCAUCACAUCUGGGUCGCUGGCAGCGUCUGGAGCCCGGAUCCUACAGCAACACCCCGCAGCACAUCUGGUCUGACAGCACCGUCUGGCCGCAGGGAGUCCUGGUGCGUCACAGCCGCUCGCUCUAUAAAGCCAUCGCUCCGUAUAACGUGGCCUUGCCCUCCGACGUCUCUCAUGCCAGGUUUUAUUUCCUGUUCCACAAGCCUCUGCGGAUCCUGAACCUGUUGAUCGGGAUCGAGUCGAGCGUGGUGCUGUAUCAGCUGUACUCUCUGCUGCGCUCCGAGCGCUGGAACCACACGCUCUCGCUGGGUCUCAUCCUCUUCUGUAACUAUUACGUGCUGUUCAAGCUGCUUCGGGACCGUCUGGUGCUGGGGAAGGCCUACUCGCACCCGCUCGCCGCCGGCCUCAACCUCAAGCCUCAGUGAGGCACGGACUUGUGAUGCUUCUCACUCCAUCUGCUUCAUGCUACCUUUCUAUCUAUUUAAGAAAAUAUUUUAUUUUGUAUACUUUUACACGAUGUUAUGUUUACGACGCAUCGUUGUAUACUUUUGUAGCCCGCGUCUCACGUGACGUCCAAAUUCAGCCAAAGAUUGAGAGAAAAACAACUGGAAGAGGUAAAGUCGACCAAUCAUGAUGAAGGACUGGACGAUCCGGUUCACUCAGUGCUGUUCGAACAUUUCCACUGAAGCGGUGUUUAACGAGUAUUAUCUGUUCACGUCAAACUUUGUAGAAAAACAGCACAGACAGUAUCUAUUUUAAAGCUUGAGUCAUCAGCAUCCUCCUUUCCUUUUCUGUGCCAAACCCCAGGGGCUGUGGGCGGGGCUAGUGUGCUGUGGGCGGAGCCUGUGGACUGUCAGGCUUGCAGUAUUGUUCAGAAACGCUUGUUUCAGAGUAUUGAUGACACAAAUUGAUGACCUGUUUUUCUCAGAUCAGUUGGUGGAUGAUCAUCAUCAUGAUAACGGCCAGGAAAUGUCUGGGUUGUAUUUCACCCCAAGAGGAAAAUAAAACCAAGAAAAUCAAA